GAGGCAGGGAAGGAAAGCGCGAGGAGGAGGAGGAGGGAGAGAGCGCGCGUGUGUGUCUCCGUGUGUGCGUGGAUUGCACCACCGCAUCCCGUUCACCGUUUCUGCAGGCGGCCAUGCUCACGUUGGAGAAUUUACAAGUGUCGAGCUUUGCCUUUUUCUCACCUUUUACAACCGCUGUCUCUUUCCAGAUGUGACUGACAAGGCGUUUUAUGUCGCCCGCAUUGAGUUCUGUGUCGUGCACCGCGGAGAGACUGUGACACCAUGGCUUUGGUUAUGGAGCCUAUAAGUAAAUGGACGCCAAAGCAAGUCCUGGACUGGAUGAAAGGUCUGGAUGACUGUCUGCAGCAGUAUGUGAAGAGCUUUGAGCGGGAGCAGAUGGGAGGAGAGCAGCUGUUGCACAUCACACAUCAGGAGCUGGAAGAGCUGGGGGUGACGAGGAUAGGACACCAAGAGCUGAUCCUGGAGGCCGUGGACCUGCUCUGUGCCUUGAAUUACGGCCUGGAAACUGAGAACCUUCGUACCUUGUCACACAAAUUGAACGCCUCAGCCAAAAACCUGCAGAACUUCAUCCUGGGGCGGCGGAGGGGCGGGCACUAUGACGGGAGGGCAUCCAGGCGAUUACCCAACGACUUUCUCACCUCUGUGGUAGACCUCAUCGGGGCAGCCAAAAACCUGCUGGCAUGGCUUGACAGGUCUCCAUUUGCCAGUGUGACCGAGUACUCAAUACUGAAGAACAACAUUGUGCAGCUUUGUCUAGAAUUAACCACCAUUGUACAGCAAGAUUGCACUGUGUAUGAAACCGAGAACAAAAUCCUACAUGUGUGUAAAACCUUAGCAGGGAUAUGUGACCACAUCAUCUCCCUCUCCUCGGACUCCCUGGUGUCUCAAUCAGCUCAUCUAGAAGUGGUCCAUCUCACCAGCAUCUUGCCCAACGAAGGCCUGGGGAUGUACAUCAAAUCCACAUACGACGGACUCCAUGUUAUCACUGGCACCACCGAGAACUCUCCAGCCGACCAGUGCAAGAAGAUCCACGCAGGUGAUGAAGUGAUCCAGGUCAAUCAUCAGACAGUGGUGGGCUGGCAGUUGAAGAACCUGGUGAACGCUCUGAGAGAAGACCCAUGCGGCGUCAUCCUCACUCUAAAGAAAAGACCCCAGAACACACUCAGCUCCACCCCCGCGCUGCUCCGGAACGUGCGCUGGAAGCCCCUCGGCCUGCAGCCCAUCCCCACCAGCCCUACGAGCACCUCUCCGACCCCGGGCGGGACGUUGGGGAUGUCCAAAAUGGAUGCCCCGAGCAUGCAGGAUGUUUACAUCCUGUCCCCUGUGUCUGGACUCUACGGCACCAGGGAUGAGCUGGGCCUCAUGUCCUGUGACGACAUCAGCCGCUACAGCUCCCAGCCCGGCUCUAAAGGCUCUGAGGCAGUGAGCUACUACCUGGACCAAGAGAGUGGGCAGUACUUCUCUCUGCUGGAGGGAGAAGGACCCCCGGGACCCGAUUAUGACCGAGGCCGAAAUACAGGGGUCCGCAGAAGAGACAAGACCCCCACUCAUGGUGACCACAGACCCGUUUCCAUGCCUCCCGAAUAUAACUGGAUGGCCGAGCCCAAGGAACCCAGCAUGGGCAAGAGAGGGAGCAGAGAUUCAGACAACUCCCUGCUCCGGUACCUGAGUGAUGAUAAAAUCCUGGUGAUCGAGGAGGAGCCUGAAGGUCCAGGAAGAGAGAGCCGACGAGACUCCACCCGGCGCUCCAGACGUAAGAGCAGAAACCCCAGCAGUCCCAGCUACCCCCUCAGCCCCUCCCUCCUCUCCUCCACCUUGCGCCUCGACCAGCCUCUGGAUGCACUCUCGCGAGGGGCGGACACACUGCGGGCGGACACUACGGACAGCAGGUACUCCGGGUCCAGUGGCUCCGGAGCAGCGUCUAUGCGAAAGUCAUUUCAUUACACCUCCCUACGGACGAAAACCAAAAAGAAAAAAGGCUCACUGACGAGUGCGAGUCGGAGGAGGAUCUCGUGUAAGGACCUGGGCCAUGGAGACUGUGAGGGCUGGCUCUGGAAGAAGAAAGAUGCCAAAGGAUAUUUCACUCAAAAGUGGAGGAAAUACUGGUUUAUCCUCAAGGAGUCCUGCCUCUACUGGUAUACCAAUCAGAAUGACGAAAAAGCUGAGGGCUUCAUCAGUCUCCCAGAGUUCAGAAUAGACCGCGCCAUUGAGUGCCGGAGGAAAUUUGCCUUCAAAGCCUGCCAUCCCAAAAUCAAGAGCUUCUUUUUUGCCACAGACUGUCUCGAGGAAAUGAACAGAUGGAUGAACAGACUGGGGCUGGCUGCCAUUGGCUACACACCCGAUGACCCUGUGCCACGUCCAGAUGAAGAUUACUGGAGUGAGAGUGACCAGGAUGAUGUGGAUGGGUCCAUGACUCUGAAACAAGAGGGUCCUUCAUCCAUGUGCGACACUUAUCACCGCACCCCAUCGGUCAACUCCUCCAGCCCUUUCCCGGAACCCAAACACGGACGCCACUUCUCCAGCGAAUCCACGCAUUCCCACUCUUCUGCGGAGGACCAGAGAGGAGAUGGGAUGGGAAUGGGGACCGGGACGGGGAGCACCAGCACCCAUUCGUCCGGUUGUCGCUCGUCACACCGCGAGAGGCGCUCGUGGCAAGACCUGAUAGAGACGCCACUAACCAGCGCUGGUCUUCACUUCCUCCAAACAGCACCAGGGGAGACAGACUACGGUCACAUGGGGACAAUGGCAGCUGAUAUGGGGAUCUACGGAGGGUUAGGGAGGCAGGCUAUGUCCCCAGAGAGGCGCAGGCAAGCCACCCUCCCGGUCCGGAGACACCACGCAGCCGAGCGGGACCGGGAGAGAGAUGGGCCGUUCCCUUUGGAGAGGGGCCCACACACUCACAGCCACACACACAGACGCUCAUCCCAUAAGCAGAGGAGCCAGAGUCUGCCACGGAACAGAGACCCUAUGCCCGGGAAGAUACUGCACACCAGCGCCGCCCAUGUGGAGGAGAGGAGCGAGGAUGAGGAGGGAGACAGCCAGGCCGACAUGCGGGAGGCAGAGGAGGACCUGCGUGAGCUGAGAGUGGAGAGUAGAGAGAGGAGAGUGUCGGAGGGCCGCGAGCGGAGGGUUUCAGAUGGUCGGGACCCCUUGGAGAACCUGGAUGGUUUGGAGCAGCUGUACAGAGCUCUGGAGCAAGCCAACGUCACAGCCCUGGGAGACCCUCGCCCCAGCAGCAGACAGGACCUGAGGCGCUGCUUUACCCACAGAGCCCGAGACCCCCUGCUCAACGACAGACUGCACCGAGUGAGGGCACUGAGGAGCACGCUCAAGGCCAAAGAGUCAGAGCUGGCUGUGAUCUGCGCUCUGCUGGAGGAGCCUGGACUGUCCUCACAAACCUUCAGAGAGUGGAAACAGUGGCACAGCGACCUCUUCUCAGACAUCUGUCAACUCAGCCCCGGAUCCAAUGGACAGGAUGACCUUUCACCACUCGGGGCACCACUCAUGACCCACACACACUCCUUCAUCGAGACGCACGUGUAACCAGGGGCGACCAGACUGAUCCAUCAUGAUUAUAUACGAGACAGCUCUGUGGGAAAAAACAGAAGACGCCUUCUGGAUUUCCUAUAUAUAUGAAAUAUUUUGAACUAUCAACAAAUUUAGAAUAUUACAAUUUACAAUGUUGGAAAAAAAUGUUUAUUAUUACUACUGAUUUACUCACUGUUGCCUUUGCUUUCUAAAUCAGUGGUUUUCAACAGUCUGCAAGCUUGUUGGUGGUACGUGGACUCUUCUUCUGUCACAGUAGUGCAGUCCUAUUCUAGGCCUGGUUUAGCCCUAGUUUAGACCUUGUAUAGUCCCGUUAUAGACUUGGUUUAGAGCUGGUGGUAGUCUAAGCUAACUAUCUUCUUAGAUGGUACUUAGUGUGAAAAGUUUGAGAACCACUGGUCUAAAUUGUCUUAAAAAUUUACAGGUUGAUACAUUAUUCGUUCAGACAUAUUCAAUCCGCUGACCACCGCACAGUAUUCAGUUUCAGUUGUAGAAAUUUAACCAACAACCUUUGUGUUAGGGGUCAAAUUUCUGCUGACUGAACUAGUGCCACCCACAACACUGGUUUGCAGUCGUGGAUAAAACUAUGAUCUAUGGGCUGUGGGCUGUGUACUGCUGUAUACAGAAAAAUAUGUUGAAUGAAAAGUAAUUGAAAACUCAUCUAAUGUGACAAAUUAAUGACUUUGAUCCAACAAGAAAUAAGUGCAAAAAAGUAGUUUGGUACUUACAAGAGCUGAAAUAAUGUUCACUUUUUAAAAAAUAUAUGAGAAAUCUAGAAUGGGUCCCAUUAUGCUGUCCAUCAAAACCCUGGUCCCAUCUGAACCUGAGCAUGCCCCUCACAGACACUCCUCUUUCCUGUAACAUGUGUAAAUACAGCAAGGGGGCGCUAGAGAGACCUGUUCAACUUUUGAUAAUCCCAACAAACAAGGACCCCACAGGGUGCCUAUUGCAUGCCUGAACAAAAAGCAUUACUCUUCCUUUGUCUAUGUAUCUCAGCAUAAACGCCACUCCUCGCUUGUCAGGCAAACAAAAAAAAAAUGACUUUUCUAAACACAUUUUUCAUUAUUUAUUUGUAUGGUUUUAUGUUUUGCGAUUUUGAUUUCAGGAGGUAGGGGGAGCUAUGUAGCAGCAAUACAGAGGAGAUACCUUUUCACCACAGCACUGUACUUUUUGUACUGAUGAACUUGCACCCAGAGCCAACAGUCCUCCCCCGCUCCUCCUUUCUAUGAUGUAAUAUUUUUGGUUUAUUCAUCGCAUCUUGUGUUAAAUUAGGGACCUCACUGUUUUUAUAAAGCCUGAACUGACAGGACUGUGUUGAGAUUGUAACUUUGUAAGUGUGAGAACGGUAGCUAAACACCACAAGCACUGACAAGCUUGGUGCAUAAAUCUCAAACUGUGAACUGAAGGAUUGAAUGCAAUGACUACUAUUCACUUUGCAUUUUCUGUCUUCUCCUUCCUCCUAUAUUUUCCUACACGUUAAGCUUAGAUCCGGACCUCUUCUCUCUGUAUAUGUGUAUACUGAUGUACAAAUGUUUGCGUUUUUUCCACUACCACUGUGAUCUGCUUCUAGAGGUAGCGGAGGGGAGAGAGAGUGUGUUGUUGAUGUGUGCGUGUGCAAGUCAUUUUCAUUUUUUACCAAAGGGAUAGUUCAAAUUGGAUGAGUGGAUUCAAUAUGGUUCAGUGUUUAUACCUGAGUAGAGAUCAACAAACGAUUGCUGUCAGUGGACCUCAAGUAUAGCCAUAGUCACAAUCAUUAUGCUCAAAAUCCUCCUUUCAACAGUUAGGAAAUGUGCUAUAUAAACAAAACUAAAGAAAGAAAUUGGAAGAUUUGUGUCAAUGUGCCACAAGCAUUGUCAAACACAUGGUUUUGAUUAUUGCGAUAUUGAUAAUUGUGUUUAAAUAUGUAGAGGAUAAUCUUUUGAGAGAAAAAAAGACAAAUCAAAUAACACAGGCAAUAGCAGUGGUACUGUAGCCAUAGCUGCCCCGGGGUAGACUGACUGAAGUGAGACUGCUGAUCUGUCCUAUUGUCCCCUACACCGAAUCACUCACACCCAUUUAUAUAUAGGCAGAGAGCCUAGUUGGAGCUGGGCCUGAACACUGAAAUUCAUGUUAGUGGACGAUGCUUUAACCACUGCCCACAAGCCAUAAGUAUGAAAUUCUUUCCAUAUUUACCUUUAUUUAAUAUAGAAAAGUAAUUGGGUAUGACCCUCAUUUUCAAUCAUGUAGAGAGAUCACAAUAUUUUAAAAAAAACUUAAACUAUCAAGCCCAUACAAUCAAAUAACACAAUUAAUUUAAGAAAGUUACAAUGAAAAUUAAUUAGCUUCCUGUCAAUUUAAGAUACUAAGCUCAACAAAUUGUGUGUUUAAUUCAUGGGUCUGCACUGACGGCAGUCCACUGUUGGCUAUCCAUUAUAGACAGUUGAAAACCUCAUUGUCCCAUUCAUAAAAAAGGAAGUAUCCCUUUAGCCUGUGAAUGCAAGAUCUGCAAGGGAGUGUUUUGUUAUUGAUCCAAAUGGAAUCACUCACAAUGAAUGCACUUUCUAUAUAUGUCUGUCUCAUCAGCUACAUCACAGGGUCUAUCUAUCCAAAUGUCUCAUCUUUGACCAUUUCAAAAUUAUCAGGUAAACGCAUUUGCCAUCUCAUUUUCUAAAAAUUUGUGUACAGUCUACAAAUAUAUUUAACAUAGAAGAAUAUAUAAAAUCUAUUUACGUUUUGUGUGAUAGAUAUAAUGUAAAGUAUGUAUUCUAUGCCAAGAUUUUUGCAGUGCCCCCCUUAUCACUCCAAUGCAGGGUGUUAGCAGUUUAAAUCAACCUAGGAGAUGCCAAACCACCAAACAUUUUACAGUUUCUAUUGGUUUACAUCACGGAAAGACUAUGAAAAAUAUAUCUAAGAAUACUCCUGGUAAUGUGUUGCAUGAGAAAUGACAGAAUUUGACUGGACAGGGUAAUAAUAUUGUGGAUCAUUUGUAUUGCUUUCCCCCUUAAUCUUCCUAAUCACAUUUGCAAGAGAAGUUGUGUAGCGCAUGAAAAAUGCAAAACUUAGGAAUUACUUUCUGUUUUUAACAUGAUUUCUUUUUAUAUGGCAUUUAUAGACACACACUGUACAUUAAUCAAGGAAGGAUAAUUGCUUCUCAGUAUCUUUGCAGCUAAAAUGAAUAUCAUUAGGCUAUUGAUUUUCAAAUGUGUGGCAAAGUGGUUAACCGCAUAGUGAGAAGGUACCAAAUUUGACUCUUCAGUUUCACUCACAAAAUAAACACCUUUAAACAUAGCAAUCCCACAGAAAGAUAAUCUGCUAAUCUCAACUCAGUUUAAAUUUAAGAAUAACACUAGUAUUAACACAAAGUAAAAUGCAAAUUAAAUAGACAAUUUGGACCAAAACAGAACAAGACUGAACAUGAAAAUAAUGUCUUUCAAUUAUUCCUGACAGACUGAUCUGGUUACCACAUGGCACUGGCUAAGUGGAGUGUGAAUUCAUGGGUUUCUGCUUCCUGUUAUAUUGUGCCAUUUUGAGAACGGAUUCAAAAGAUGUAAUUAUUAAUUGUCAUGCCAACAGUUCUGACAUUUCAUCAUUCUGAAACAAAUGGCUAUUUAAGAUACUGUCACAAAUAAUGAGCUGCUUUGAACAUUUUGAUACUGAGAAGCAAUGGAGCCUUUCUCAAUGGUCUGCAAAGUCUGUGAAACUCAGAUGACUGGCUUCAUCUGUGCUGCCAGGCCAAGGACUCAAUGGUGCCCCCUAGUGUCUAAGACCAGAGACAUGUGUAGCACUCGCUGCAUCCAGCACUGUCUGUUUCUUCAUAUUUAAGUGUCUUUUGUAAAAAUAGUUUCUAGUUUUUCAUCAUAUCACUGUUGAACUCAAAUGCACCCGGAUGUUGUUUUGAACAGUUUAUUUGAAAGAAAAUUAAAUGAUGCAAGCACUUUCCCUGUGCCUCCCAUUGACAACCUGAUAGAUCUCUACACCUUUGGCUGUAGAAGCGUUUGACCUUUGUCUCAUGUGUCUCUUGUGUCCCGUGUUUUGAUUCGGCGUGUGCGUUUUGUUUUGGCACAGACUGUGUAAACCCUCCCGGACGACGGCUUGCAGUCUGACCCAGGCCCAAAGGCUCCACUGUGUGUUAUUCAGGGGUGAACACCUCAUGGUACAUUGCACAGGUGUGAAGAUGUAAGUUGCACUGCGACAUUAAAAAAGGAACAUAUUGCUCUUUUUCAAGGAUGAUAUUAGCUUACUGGUAUUCUGUACAUUAAACUGACUAAAGAUGAUAUUGAAAAAAGAAAGAAAAUUACAUUUAUUCUUCCUAAAGUAGCCUUUUUUGGUUUCAUAUAUAUGAAUAUAUAUAUUACAAAAAAUACAGAUUGUAAACCUAAGUUGUUAAACUUUGACUUCAAUAAACUGAAUCCUCUGCACU